CAGACAAGACAGACAGACCCCUCCAUCGCUUUCAGUUUCAGACGUCGACUCGAUCGUGAUCAUCUUGGUCGUGGAUUUCCUUUCUUGAUCAGAAACUCCUCCUCAUCCUCCUCCUCCUCAGUUUCAACAAGUAAUUCCUCGUAUCAGUAGCGAAUUAAGUUAUGGCCGAAAAUAGAGUUCAUCAACAUGAUCAUGAUGAUCAGACUGAGUUACUUCCUUGUGUGGAAGAUUUAUAUGGAGGCGUUUCUGUAAACAUGGAGAAGCCUAUGGAUUCUACGGUCUUUGCUCCGUUGCUUCAAGCGUCAAUAUCACAAUGGAGGGAAAAGGGGAAGAAGGGUAUCUGGAUCAAAUUACCCAUUGAACACGCAAAUCUCGUUGAUGUUGCAGUUAAGCAAGGAUUUAGGUAUCACCACGCUGAACCAGAUUACUUGAUGCUUGUAUUUUGGAUCCCUGAAACUACUGAUACUCUCCCUGCAAAUGCUUCCCAUCGAGUGGGUAUUGGUGCUUUCGUCAUGAACAGUCAAAGAGAGGUGCUUGUAGUUCAGGAGAAUAGUGGCAAAUUCAAAGGAACAAACGUGUGGAAGUUUCCCACUGGUGUUGUUGAUGAAGGUGAAGAUAUUUGUACAGCUGCCAUCAGGGAAGUCAAAGAAGAGACAGGAAUUGAGACGGAAUUUGUUGAAGUUUUAGCAUUCAGGCAAAGCCACAAGUCAUUCUUUAGCAAAUCAGAUUUGUUCUUUGUCUGCAUGUUACGACCACACUCUUUUGACAUCCAGAAGCAGGAUAGAGAGAUUGAAGCUGCCAAGUGGAUGCCGAUUAAGGACUACGCAGCUCAACCUUUUAUCAGAGGACACGACAACUUCAAUUAUAUUGCAAAAAUAUGCAUAGCAAAGUCGGAGGUGGAGGGCUAUGCUAGUUUUUCUCCGCUGUCUACAAAAACAACCUCUGGCAAAACAAGCUACCUUUACUUCAAUGGCGAUCUGAAAAACCAGUUAAGUUGUGAUAAUCAGAAGCAGAAAAUGCCGAUGUAACGAACGCCAUCUCUUGCUGUGGAAGUGAUGACAGACAGGGUCCUCAAAGCUCACUCACGUCAAUUUAAUGAAAAUGGAAAAUAAAAAUAAAAAUAAAAAAUAAUUGGGCUAUUAUAUUAAAAUAAAUCUUGUUACAGUUUGUUCUAUUGAAACAGCUGUCUUGUAAUAUUAAAUAAACAAGUUCGAUGAAUUUUUUCUCGUAUCAAGUAAUAAAACAAAAAUUUUAAGUGGUA